UCCACCCCCUUCCUCCAGUUUCGCCCUGCCCAUGUUUUGUAUGUCUGUGUCCAGCCAGUCGCUUGACGUUCAAGUUCGUAGGGACGUCACGUCCGCACUUGAACUUGUAGCUCAGGGGGGCUUUUGCCAUUUUUUUCAUCUCUCUCUCUUUCUCUCCCUCUCUCUCCUUUCUCUCUCUCUCUCUUCUUUUUUUCCCUCCCUCUCUCUCUCUCUUCCUCUCUUGCACAGAAAGGGGGGAAAAAGGAAAAAAAAAAGAGAAAAGAAAAAAAAAGCCAUGACUGCUAUCCCACAAUUCAUCUUCCCCGCGCCAUCUUUGUAUUAUUUCUAAUUUAUUUUGGAUGUCAAAAGACAUUGAUGAAGAUAUUUUCUCGGGAGUCUCCUUCCCUUUCUAACCCGGCGCUUCCCGAUGUGAUCCGUGCAAGAGAGCUCGCCGCGCGCCCGCCCGAGCAGCCACCGCCACAAUGUCGCGCCGCAAGCAAGGGAAACCCCAGCACUUAAGCAAACGGGAAUUUUCACCCGAACCUCUAGAAGCCAUUCUCACCGAUGACGAACCAGAUCAUGGUACGUUGGGAGCUCCAGAAGGGGACCAUGACCUUCUUACAUGUGGCCAGUGUCAGAUGAACUUCCCAUUGGGGGACAUCCUUAUUUUUAUUGAGCACAAACGGAAACAAUGCAAUGGCACCCUUUGCCUAGAGAAGGCUGUGGAUAAGCCCCCUUCGCCCUCGCCGAGCGAGCUGAGAAAAGCAUCCAAUCCUGUGGAGGUUGGCAUCCAGGUCACGCCCGAGGAUGACGAUUGUUUGUCAACGUCAUCUAGAGGAAUUUGCCCUAAACAGGAACAUAUAGCAGGUAAAGAUGAACCCAGCAGCUACACAUGUACAACUUGUAAACAGCCAUUCAACAGCGCCUGGUUUCUCUUGCAACAUGCACAGAACACUCAUGGAUUAAGAAUCUACUUAGAAAGUGAACAUGGAAGUCCCCUGACACCGCGGGUUGGUAUCCCAUCAGGACUAGGUGCAGAAUGCCCUUCACAGCCACCACUUCAUGGGAUUCACAUUGCAGACAAUAAUCCUUUUAACUUGCUUAGAAUACCUGGAUCAGUAGCGAGAGAAGCUUCGGGUCUUGGAGAAGGGCGUUUUCCUCCCACACCGCCUUUGUUUAGUCCCCCUCCAAGGCAUCACUUGGAUCCACAUCGCAUAGAACGCUUGGGUGCUGAAGAAAUGGCUCUUGCAACCCACCACCCCAGUGCCUUCGACAGGGUGCUGCGGCUCAACCCCAUGGCCAUGGAGCCUCCAGCUAUGGAUUUUUCCAGACGGCUUAGAGAGUUAGCUGGAAACACCUCUAGUCCACCAUUGUCACCAAACCGGCCCAGUCCUAUGCAAAGGUUACUGCAACCAUUCCAACCAGGCAGCAAGCCGCCAUUUCUGGCAACACCACCUCUUCCUCCUCUUCAGUCAGCUCCUCCCCCUUCCCAGCCUCCUGUCAAAUCCAAGUCCUGUGAAUUUUGUGGAAAAACCUUCAAGUUUCAAAGCAACUUAGUUGUCCACCGUAGGAGCCACACUGGAGAAAAACCUUACAAGUGCAACCUUUGUGACCAUGCAUGCACUCAAGCAAGCAAGCUAAAGCGCCACAUGAAAACCCAUAUGCACAAAUCGUCCCCCAUGACAGUGAAGUCAGACGAUGGCCUCUCCACAGCCAGUUCCCCAGAGCCUGGAACCAGCGAUCUUGUAGGCAGUGCUAGCAGUGCCCUCAAAUCUGUAGUGGCCAAGUUUAAGAGUGAGAAUGACUCCAAUAUGAUUCCAGAAAAUGGGGACGAAGAAGAGGAAGAGGAGGAGGAAGAAGAAGAGGAAGAAGAAGAAGAAGAAGAGGAGGAUUUGACUGAAAAUGAAAGACCAGACUAUGGCUUUGGCAUUAAUCUAGAAGCAGCUCGUCACCAUGAAAACAAUUCCCGAUCGGUUGAGGAGAAUCGUUCUAUGCCAGAUGUCAUGCAAGGAAUGGUCCUGAGUUCCAUGCAGCACUUCAGCGAGGCCUUUCAUCAGGUCCUUGGAGAGAAACAUAAACGAGGACAUUUGUCCGAAUCUGAGGUGCAUAGAGACACUUGCGAUGAAGACUCAGUAGCUGGUGAAUCUGAUCGCAUUGAUGAUGGCGCUAUUAAUGGUCGGGGGUGUUCCCCUGGUGAAUCUGCCUCCGGAGGUUUGUCAAAAAAGCUGCUCUUGGGUAGCCCCAGUUCCCUAAGUCCUUUCUCCAAACGCAUCAAACUUGAGAAGGAAUUUGACCUACCUGCUACAGCUAUGCCUAACACUGAAAAUGUUUACUCCCAGUGGCUAGCUGGGUACGCCGCCUCUAGGCAGCUAAAAGAUCCAUUCCUCAACUUUGGAGACUCCCGACAAUCGCCUUUUGCUUCCUCCUCAGAACACUCCUCAGAAAAUGGAAGUUUACGUUUCUCAACGCCUCCCGGGGAGAUGGAUGGAGGGAUAUCAGGCCGCAGCGGUACAGGAAGUGGAGGGAGCACCCCGCAUAUUAGUGGCCCAGGCCCUGGAAGGCCUAGUUCAAAAGAGGGCAGACGCAGCGACACUUGUGAGUACUGUGGAAAAGUCUUCAAGAACUGUAGUAACCUCACUGUCCACAGGAGAAGCCACACUGGGGAAAGGCCUUAUAAAUGUGAGCUGUGUAACUACGCCUGCGCCCAGAGUAGCAAACUCACCAGGCACAUGAAAACGCAUGGUCAGGUGGGGAAGGACGUUUACAAAUGUGAAAUUUGUAAGAUGCCUUUUAGCGUGUACAGUACCCUGGAAAAACACAUGAAAAAAUGGCACAGUGAUCGAGUCUUGAAUAAUGACAUAAAAACUGAAUAGAGGUAUAUUAACGUGUCCCUUUUUCCUCUCUUCCCCAAACCUUCUCCUGGCCCUCGUGUAGAGAUUUUUUUUAGUCCCUUGUGAGUAAAAUAAUGGAAGUUAAGGAUAUUAAGAAAGUGCUUGUCACCAGCACACCAGUUUUUGUUUUCCUUUUCUUUCCUUUCUUUUUUUUCUGUUUCCACCAUUUGAAUGCAUGAUCUGUAUUGGGGCAAUACUACGCAAACUUUGAGCCUUUCUCUUGUGCAAUAAUUUACAUGUUGUGUAUGUUUAUUAAUUUUUUUAAUUGGAUGGCAUGUAUGGUAUGUUAUGGCUGUUUUUAAAAAAUUGUCCCCUGAUCCGUUGCUGAGCAAAACAAACAAACCCCACCUACCCACACAAAUUUUUAAAAAACCUCUCAACAGCCUCAUGGCUGUUUCUAGUAAGGUUCCAUGAAAGAAAAAGGAGAGAGUAAUUAUAAGAAAACUAAACAUCAGUUGUUUAAAACGCAGAACCUACCAAGCUGCAUACAUUCUGUAACCCAUAUCAUAUACAGUCUUGUUUUGAAACAUAUAGAGGAAAAUGUACUUUGAAUUAACUCUCUAUGGACAGACCAAUAACACUGGAAUGGAAAAAUCCAUAGUGUUAUCUAGGCUUUUGUCUUUAAAAAAUUUAACGUAUCAUUUGAGGGGGCGAUGGGGAGGAAAGAAGGCCUUUAAUUGAAAAUUAAGGACAUAAGAGAAAAGAUAAAUUUGUACUAUCAUUUGGUUUAAAACAGAAAUCUGAGUGCCUUGAAUCUAUUUAAGCCAUGUUGUUGGCAUCUCUACUUGUUUUGAACUCGUAGCUCAACUUCCGCACUGGGCAAUGUAAAUGAGUCCUUAGGACCCAGCCGAUAAUUCUAUUAUGUAUAUCUCACAACAGUGGCUACCUAAUAAUAAAAGACUAAGAAGGAGAAGGAAAAAUUAAGAAAGUCCAAUAAGUCCUAGUUAAUCAUCAUUCAAUCCCCCCCUCCCAUUUUGAUUUUAAAAAUGGUCGUCUAACUCAAAGUGAUUCUAUUCCAGGAGAGUGAGGGGGGCAUAGACAGGAUGUCACUCCUGCAACCCCCAAUCUACCUACCACCCCUUUGAAUGUUUUUUUUUACAACAACAAUGAAUGUGAAAGUGCAGAAGGCCUUGAAAGGUGAUUAAAUAAACUAGGAAGAAAAUUCAUCUUAUAAAGAUUUUAAUAAUAUCUUUUAGUGAUUCUGUCACAGGAAAAAAGAAGAAAAAGAAAAGGAAUCAAAACAAUUAAAUCCAGACCCACUUGGUUGUCAACUUGACAAUCAAAUUUGAAACUUACAGCCUUGCCUACCGUAUUUCUAUCUAUUGAUCUCUAAAGAGAGAGAGAGAGAGAGAGACGUAUAAAGAGAUGGGCAAUAAUAUUUUACUGAGUAUAACACAGCAAAAAAUAGUGAUUUAUUAGCACAAAGUGGUACUGUUUGCCAUUUAAAACUAAGAACAGGUUAUAAGCUAAUAUUGGUAUGAUGAUGAUUAACUAUGAACUAUUAAGAUUUGCCUUGAAGUGUGACAUUCUGAAAAAAAAGAUAAUUUUAAAAGAGUAGCAGUAUAUGUCUGUGCUCCCUAAAAAUUGUACUUCAUUUUGUUUUUGGGUUUUCGUUUUUCGUCAUAUGCUAUGUGGUAGUUGUGUUGACAUGGAAAAAGGAUUCAUUGUUUUUUCUAACUAAGCUAGCAUCUGCCCCUGUUGGAUGUUCACAUAGCACUUGACUCUGCCUGGCGUGUCUGUAUCUUUUCCUUUAAUCAGAGGUACACAGGUUGAGUAUAAAAAAUCUUUUAAGACUGCUCAGAUAGGACAAUUUAAAUGCACUGUACAAUUUUCCCAGUUUACAGGUCUAUACUUUUAAGGGAAAAAUUGCAAAAUUAAUGAAAAAAAUUAAAAAUUGAGCAUGAUCUCACUUAUGAGGAUAUUAAAAUAAAAACUCUGCCAGCUUGCCGUUUACUUGACUAAUGACUGGGACGCAACAUUAUUACGGCGCUGUGAAUGGGAACAGGUCCUACAUUAUAUUAAAAAUAAUGAAUGAUUGCUCUUGCUCCUACAGUGCAAGGAUGGGGGUUUUUUUGUACAAAACUUUUUAAAAUAUAAAUGUUAUGAUUUUUUUUAAAAAAACACUUCAUUAUGUUUAGGGGAGAAAAAAACCUGUAUUUUAGGGUUCAUUGUCUUGGUGGUGUACAAGACUUGUUCUUCAUUGAAAACCAGUAGUGGAAAUCCUAUGCCUUGGAUAUACACAGCUCUUCAGGUUGUAAAAUAAAUGCAUUUGGGGAAAGGUUUAAGAAUAUAUAGUACUUAAAUAUAGGAAAAUGCACACUCCUGUUGGUUCCUAUGCUAAGAAGAAAAAAACAAAAAAGAAGAAAAACACAUUUAUGGUCUCUCUUUUCUGUAAUUUCUAGAAUGGUAUUUGAAUUUAAUGUUCACCUAGAGUAGGCACUAUAUAGUAUUUAUAAUGAAGCUUGUAUUUUUAACUGUUGCUUGUUUCUCUUACAAAAAAGGUAUCUAUGUACCUUUUUUUUUUGGUAGUGGAAAAAACACACACACAUACACACACACAUACAAACAAAACAGGCUGCCACAGUAUAUUUUUUUAAUUUGGCAGGAUAAUAUAGUGCAAAUUAUUUGUAUGUUUCAAAAAAAAUUACAAUAGUGUGACAUUGUACAGAUAAGAGGCCAUAUAAUGGCAGUUUUUUUGGGGGGGAGGGGAAAUCUGUUUGAAUGUCGCACUAACCAAGCGUCACAGAGGAUUGUACAUACCAAGGUUCUUUUGGGGUUCCUUUGUUUUCUGCUGCCAUAUUGUAUGCAGUAAUGCAAGGUGAUGAUGUUGGUUUGUUCUGUAGUGUGCUCUUUGACCCCCAUUCUUCUUCUCUUACCCCCCUUUACAUUCCAGCAUCUUAAACGUCAUAUGCAGUAAAAAGAAAAAAAUGACAAAAAAUAGAACGAGAGGAAAAAAAUUUUUAAACAAAUUUUGCAAGAUUUUUUUUCCAUUGCCAAAAAGAAAAAAAAAAGUUAAAAAGGUGCUUUAUAUAUUUAGAUUGGAAAGGAUUUCAUAUGCAAAGCAUAUUAAAAAAGAGAGAGAGAGAGAGAGAGCCCCACUGAAGUUGAUACCUUUUUUUGUAUAUGGCAAUGCAAAAUAUUUUGUUAUUAUUGGGCCUUUUCUAUUCCUGUAAUGAAAGCUGUUUGUCGUAACUUGAAAUUUUAUCUUUUACUAUGGAAGUCACUAUUUAUUAUUGCUUACGUGCUCUGUUCAGAACAGAGCCGUCAGAUUUGAUCUUUUAUUUUUCUUUGGGUUUUUUAUUUUUUUUAUUAUUUGGAUGACCAAAGGUCAUUUACAACCUGGCUCUUUGCUGUAAUUUUUUUUCUAGUCUUUGUUAAAUUCUAUUGGGAAAACCACUGUCUAUGUUUUUUGGGGUUAUUUUUUUUAAGUGGGCAGUUGUCUGCAUUACCCUGUUCAUUCACCCAUUUUGUCCCUUAAUUGAAAAAAUAAAAAUAAAAAAAAAUUGCUUAAAGUACACACCAUAAGCUUUGUGCGUCCUCAUUUGACACAGUCUGUAAAUUUCCCUCAGCAAGAAAAACAGAUUUUAAGAGAAGACCACUGGGUUUUCUUCAUGGGGGCAUUUUGAUGUAUGCAUUAGUAGUCUAAACUAAAGACCCAGAAAACUCCCUAUUUAUAUCGCAAUAAAAUGCUUUGCCCCCCUGGAAAAGUGUCUUUGGUCUGAUAUUGAUGGCAAAAAUUUCAUUCUCCCACCCCUUUAAACCAAGGGAACAUUUCUUUUCCAUCUGGAUUUUUCUCUCCCCCCCUCAUUUUUCUCCUACUGAGAAUACAUUUAGCUAAAGUAUAAAAAUUGACCUUAUUGGGAACAACAUCCAAAUCAUUCAUACUUUGUCUGUGAAAGGGACUCAACCCAGUUCCCCCACCCCCCUUCUUCCCCAUUUUGCACCAUUGUGUACAAUCACAGACAAGCUCAUAAACUAAAUAAUAUAUGCAACUCCCUGUACGGUACCACCUCAUCAACCCCCUCCCUCUCGCCUGCUUUAAAAUAAACUAAAUCCCAACUUGAUAGGUAAAUUGGAAAGAUCUGGUUUCUGCCAUGCCACAUGAUGAUGUAGCAAAAGCAGAAACUGCUCACAGGCGCACAUGCAUGAGAACAGAGGCUCCUCUUAGGGUAUGCAGCUAUUGCAUCCAAGAUCAGCCCCAGCUGGGGAAACUACUUUACCACAUUGGUCCAGUUGGAAAGAAACCAGGGGCAAGAGCUGCUCUUCUUUUUAUAUAUUCUGUACAAUGGAUAGGUUUUAUCAAAACGUUGUGUAUACAUUGUCUUUAAAUAUCUGGACUCUGGUUCUGAUUACAUAUAUAUAUAUAUAUAUAUAUUUUUCCUCCUGAGAGGUCUGUAUAUGUUGUCAAAUUUUACGAAUACUGCAUGUUGCAGCAUCUAUUUGCUUUAUUAAAAACACAUACCUCUGUGA